AUGGGAAAGAUCACCUUCUACGAGGACCGGGGCUUCCAGGGCCGCUGCUACGAGUGCAGCAGCGACUGCCCCAACCUGCAGCCCUACGUCAGCCGCUGCAACUCCAUCCGGGUGGACAGCGGCUGCUGGAUGCUCUAUGAGCGCCCCAACUACCAGGGCCACCAGUACUUCCUGCGGCGCGGCGACUACCCCGACUACCAGCAGUGGAUGGGCUUCAAUGACUCCGUCCGCUCCUGCCGCCUCAUCCCCACUGUGAGUCACUCCGGCACUUUCAGAAUGAGAAUCUAUGAGAGAGAUGACUUCAGAGGACAAAUGUCAGAGAUCACAGACGAUUGUCUCUCUCUUCAGGACCGCUUCCACCUCAAUGAGAUCCACUCCCUCAAUGUGCUGGAGGGCUCCUGGGUCCUUUACGAGCUGCCCAACUACAGGGGAAGGCAGUACCUCCUGAGGCCAGGGGAGUACAGGAGAUAUCUUGACUGGGGGGCGAUGAAUGCCAAGGCUGGUUCUCUAAGACGGGUGACAGAUUUUUACUGA